CCUCCCUCCCUCCCGGCCAGGAGCCAGGUGGGGCUCGUCCCGCUGUCGCCCCUUUGCCUCCCCCGCCCCGGCUGACCCCUCUCCCGCGCCGUCCCGCGCCCUCUUCGGGCCCCGCCCCUCGGGCGGCGGCGGCGUCGCCUCCUCUCCUAGCCGGCCCGGCCCCCGCGUUUCCCGAGCCUGGCACCUGGCGUUUCGGGACGCGGCGGCAGUUAGGCGGACGCUAUGGCCGAGGAGCGGGACGUGUUUCCGAGAGCCCGGGGCAGGCGGCUGAGCGCCUUUCGUGAAGAUGAUGAAGGUCAAUGGAAAGCUCCUUUCUACUUCAUCCAAGGAGCAGAUCCUCAGUUUGGACUGAUGAAAGCCUGGGCAAUUGGUGACUGUGACAAUGGAGGUGAUGAAUGGGAAGAGGAGAUCAAAUUAACAGAGCAAGCUGUGCAAGCCAUUAACCAGUUAAACCCCAAGCCCAAGUUCUUUGUACUGUGUGGUGACCUCAUACAUGGUAUGCCAGGAACUCAGUGGCGAAAGGACCAAGAACAAGAUUUGAAAAAUGUCCUGAAGAACAUUGACCAAGACAUUCCAUUGGUAUUUGUGAGCGGAAAUCAUGAUAUCGGCAAUGUUCCAACACCUGAAACAAUAGAUGAUUUUUGCAAGCACUGGGGAGAUGAUUACUUCAGUUUUUGGGUUGGAGGAGUUUUCUUUCUUGUGCUUAACUCACAGUUAUACUUCGAUUCCUCUAAAUGUCCCGGGUUAAAGCAGGCCCAAGAUGAGUGGCUUGAUGCACAACUGGCUGUAGCUGAAAAACAGACGUGUAAACAUGUAAUAGUAUUUCAGCAUAUUCCUCUAUUUCUACAAAACCCAGAUGAAGACCAUGACUAUUUUAACUUGGAGAAGUCAGUUCGGCAGGAGCUGAUGGAAAAGUUUCAUAAAGCAGGCAUUAAAGCUGUAUUUUCUGGACACUACCAUAGGAAUGCCGGAGGGUCCUACAAGGAUCUAGAGAUGGUGGUUUCAUCAGCAAUCGGAUGUCAACUGGGAGAAGAUACCCAUGGGCUUAGAGUGGUCAUUGUCACAGCUGAGAAGAUUGUUCACAGAUACUGCAGUUUAAAUGAUCUGAGUAGCCAAGGAAUAGAAAAAGAGCUGAUGGAUUUGAUUAAGCAAAAUUAGCCAUUUUCUAACUGACAAGUCUCCAGUUUAUUUUUAAUUCACAUUUUUUAUUUCCCAGAUAGAAACACUAGCUAAGCAAAAACAAAAAAGCCUACCAUGGGCUAAAGAUGAUUCCCAGUUGUGUAUUAUGCACCAAAAUAGUUGUCAACUCAUUACCAUCCUAAAUAACAAAGCAGAAAAGUAUGUAGAGAUAUUUAUACCUUGGAGGGGAAAUGAAACCAAUUAUAAUAUGAAAAAUAAGAGAGGUAAUGCUAUCGCUAUUGAUUUUUGUAAUGGGAAAGAGCUAUUCUGAGGAUUAGCUUCUCUAUUCCUGGAUCAGACUUUUAUAGCAUAUCCAUGAAUAGGAGCAGUGGUUUCUGGAUGACAAACUCAACUCUAGUUCACCCUUCUGUGAACUAGUUUGAUGGCCCACAAGAUACAUUUUAAAACCAUUAUACUUAAUGUUCUCUAUUAAAUUCUUGGUAAUCCUCCAGAAAGUGACAAAGUAAAUGUGGCCUGUUCAUAUUCAGUAUGGGCUAAUCCAAAGCCCUUCGAAGUCAGAGGGUAGAUUUUCAUUGACUUUUGGAUCUCACCCUAUUUCUGCUUCCUUCCAGUUGAUGUCAUCUCCCAUCCCAAGCCUUUAUCUUCAGAACUACUACAGCAAUCAGAGCAAGCUGGAUUCUUCUCUGCCUAGCAAAUCACCCUUGUGGGUGCUGUAAGAGAGACAAGACUCAUAUUUUGGGUCUGCAGGAGUGGACGUUAGAAAAGCCUGUAAACUAAGAAAAUAUAAUAGGAAAACCAUAAAGAGAAACUAAAUAUAGAAGAGUUAUUUUACUGUUGCCUCUUGGCAUUUAACUGCAAUUAAAUUGGCUAUUGAGAGUUCCCUGUAAGAGCAUAUCCCCUUUAGAAAACAGCUGACUCCUAGACAAAGGGAGAUUUAUGGAUAUCCAAUUCUACCAAACUAAAUUGCAGAAGCUCAAAAACUGCCUAUGCUGUAUAUUCUUUUUAAAGAAAAAAAGACUACAAUAUAUAUAUUUUUUUUAGUCUAGGAUGUAGUUUAAAAGAUUUGCUAGGUACAAUAUAAUGUCCCCAAACAUCCUGAGAGAGAUUUUUGGUCAAUGUAGCACAGGGGCGGGCAAACUUUUUGGCCUGAGGGCCACAACGAGUUUCUGAAAUUGUAUGGAGGGCCGGUUAGGGGAGGCCGUGCCUCCCUAAACAACCAGGCGUGGCCCAGCCCCUGCCCCCUAUCUGAUGCCUCCCCCAGGAUUCCUGCCACAUCCAACCUCCCCGGCCCCCUCAAUCCCUCCCUGUUCCCUAACCGCCCCUGGACCCCCCGCUGCCCCAUCCAACCCCUCCUCUCAUUCCUGACCGGCCUCCCCCCUCUCCCCCUGACCCCUGCAUCAUCCAACCACCCUUUCUCCCUGACUGCCCCCGGAACCCCUCCCCUGACUGCCCCCCGCCACCCCAUCCAACCCUUCCCCCCACUCCUUCCUGACUGCCUCCCUGGGAUCCCUGCCCCCAUUCAACCCCCCUGUUCCCUGCCCUUUGACCACCCCCGCCCCUGCCCUCUAUCUAACCCCCCCACACACUCCCUGCCCCCAUACCAUGCUGCCUAGAGCACCAGUGACUGGUGGUGCUACAGCUGCACCGCCCGGCUGGAGCCAGCCGCAGCACAGAGCACCAGUUCAGGCAGCGCAGCUGCCGAGCCAUGACCUGCAAGAGCUCGCAGCCCCGCCGCCCAGAGCAUUGCACUAGUGGCGCAGUGAGCUGAGGCUGCAGGGGAGGGGCCGGGGGCUAGCCUCCGAGGCCAGGAGCUCAGGGGCUGGGCAGGAGGAUCGGCCACAGUUUGCCCACCUCUGGUAUAGAGCCUCCAAGCGGCCUUAGUUAGUUAGAUAUUGUUUUAAUAGUCUGGUUUUUUCAAGAAGCCACCUCAGAUUUGGCAGCAAAUGUCCUUCACCAAGGCUAAGGAACAGAUUUAUAAAGAUAUUUAGGCUUGAUUUUCAAAAGCAUCUAGGUGCCUAACUUCCAUUGCUUUCAAUAGUAGUUAGGCACCUAGUAGAAUUUUCAAAAGUGCCUAUCUGUAGCUUUAGGCACUUAAAAAUCUGUAUUGAGGUUUCUUUGUCCUUACUGCUAGUUAAUGCUGUAGAGUAGUGCUCCCCUUACAGUUUGUUGCAGAAGGAAGGGUAUUCCACUGUUACUUAUAUCGUUUAAGUAUGUCAGUUCAGGUUAUGGCUCAGCGGAAAGAACGGAGAGUAUGAUAGGCACUGGAUGGUUCUGUUGGUCUUGCCCCAUAUAGUAGAGGACAGAAAAGAAAUAAGGUGGGCCAUUUAAUUGUGAGGGUGAUAUUUAGGAGAGCCAAGAUAGAUUUGAAAUGAACGGUUUUCCGUCAACAUGAGAAAUUAAUAGAAUGGCUAUGAAUAGAAGUGGUUCUAAAAAUUUUAGAAUUUAUGAUUUUAUAAACUAUUAUAUACACACACACGUGGAAUUAUAAAGCAUGAACGUGUUUAUGCAGAACCAUUUUACCUAUACAAACUCAUAACUCAAAUUUCAACAUUAAUUCAUAUUGUAUAAAUAGUUCCAAGUUUGCUUUUUAUAAGAGAGAUUUUUUACCAUAAAUUGUCUAUUGUUUUCUCACUAAAGAGUAUUACUACACUGUAAAAUCUUUUUAAAUCCAAUUUAAAUUUUAUAUUCCAAA